AUGUCGAACACACCUACUCCUCCUGCUACUUUGAAACAACUUGUUACGUCUAAGCCCGAUUCACCGGAGUGGAGCGCCAAAUUCGAUUGGGAUGGUAUUGUUGCUUAUCCUCUACGGAAAUGGUCUGAUACUGGUCGUAAUGAGGUUCUUCGGGUUGCAGCUGGAGAUAAAGGUCCUAAGAUUGGAAUUUCUCCUAAUGAAUCGUCAAAAUAUAAAAAUUACCGGGAGGCGUAUAAUCACGCUGUAUCGCCUAAUUCUCAUGUCAGAAUGGGAACAUUUAGCUGUCAGUUGUGUCAAGCUCGUCAAAAUCGCGAGGAGUUGUGUUCUUUUGGCUGUGUAACCGUGGGUGAGCUCCCUACAGGAGCAUGUACCGAAUGUAUCGCGAGGGGUACGACAGCUCGCUGUACUUUUGUCGAAAAGGCGGAAUACAUCUUGGAUCAGGCGAGUUUUGCGGGAAAUAUGCGAGAAGAGCUGGGCAAAUUGAAAGCUAUCGAGAUCCAGGCUGAAUUAGCGACAACACAUAAGUAUGAAUUGGAACCGAAAACUAUCUUAUAUCAAUGUCAGCAUGUCAGAUCGAACAUUGAGCAAUUGAUGGCGAUUCAUUUGCCUGAUAUGGCUCCCGAAGGUGUUGUUGCCCCCGAUACUCCCCGUGGCAGCAUGAGUCACAAUUUCGUACAUUCGGUUAUCGACAUGAUACCCGGACCAGCCCUAGGACCCCCGUCCGGACUGACUCAGGGUCCAUGUCGUAUAACAAGUCAUCAUUUGAUAAAUCAUAUAGCAUCUCUUGAAUUCCAAGGAGAGGGAAGCGUGGUGGAAUUUCGAUAA